AUGUCCUAAGUUUAAGGAAAGCCAAUUCUUUUUAUUGACAUAUAAGAAGGAAAAGACUAAAAUAAUAAUCCGACAUAUUUAUUUAACUUAACAAGUGAAGCUUAGCAGUUAUUAUAGCAAAUAGGAGAAAGAAAUGUAGCUGUUCUAGUUAUAGCAGGUCCAUAGAGAACAGGAAAAUCAUUCCUUGCAAAUAGAUUUUUAAAAUAAAUGGAUGGGUUUGCAAUUGGACCUACGACUAACCCAUGCACAAAAGGAAUUUGGAUAUGGAGCAGACCUGUUAAACUGAAUGAUACAACUGAUAUGAUUAUUUUAGAUACUGAAGGAUUAAAUUCUGUUUAAAGAGACUAAACAAUUGACAUGAAAAUAUUUUCGAUAUCUGUGCUAUUAGCCAGUAUGUUCAUUUACAAUAAUUUGGGACAUAUAGAUGAAUAAGCAAUUGAAAACCUUUCUUUGGUAGUUAGACUUAGUGAAAAUAUUUGCAUUUAGAAAUCUACAGAAGGUGAUUAGAAAUUAGGGGAAUUCUUUCCUCUCUUUUACUGGAUUUUAAGAGAUUUUUCUCUUGAUUUAAAAGGGAUGACACCUAAAGAAUAUUUAGAAAAAUGUUUGAGCAGUCUUCCUGGAAACAGUGCCGAAAUUUAAAAAAAAAAUGAGAUAAGGGAAAAAUUUAAGUAAUACUUUAGAUAUAGAGAUUGUGAGACAUUAGUAAGGCCUUUGGAUGAUGAAAGUAAGCUAGCACGUAUUGAAUUGUAAAAUUGGAAUACAUUAAGACCUGAAUUUACGUAGGGUGUAAUUAACUUUGAAAGAAAGGUGUUGGCUAAUUUAAGACCAAAAACUAUAUAAAAUAAAAUACUUUCUGGAAAAAUGUUUUUAGGAUUAGUUUAAGAAUACUUGCAAUCUAUAAAUACAGGGGGGAUACCAACAAUCCUGAACAGCUUAGAGUCUGUAAUUAGUUAGUAAGUAAGAAAAGAAUUCGAAGAUGCAAGAGCAGAAUAUUUAAGGAGAGUAAAUUUAGUUUUUAGUGUAGAUAAGUUACCUAUUGAUGAAGAAAAAUUUAAUAGUACCCAUAAAGCUAUUGUAGAUGAUAUAUUUAAUAUGCUAAAAGUAAAGUCAAGAAAUUUUUUAGAUUCAGAAUAGCUUUAGGUUUUGAGAAAAGAUUUAUAAGAAAUUAUGGAUUCAGAAUAUAAAAUAAAAUCUACUCUGAAUACUUAGGUAUCUGAAAACAAUAGUCUUAAAAUAUUUUUAAAUUUGAUUCAGAGAUUGUCUUUACCUACUUUUGCAAAUUCUGAUUAGAUAUAGCCAAAUUUUCUUAUAUAGAAAUACGAAGAACUCUAAAAGUUAUUGCAGUAAUACAAUUAGCAAGCUUAGGGAAAUUUCAAAUACACAAUCUUUUUUUAAAAAUUCCCUGGAAAAAUAUUUGAAUUUUUUAAUGCAGUUAUUGGAAGAAUUUAUAAAUUAUUCUAAGAGGACAUUUAAAAGCUUAAAGUUAAACUCUAACAGUCAAAUGAAUCUCAAGAUUUAAUUAGAAGUUAAAUUGCUCUUUUUGAGAAGACUAACAAAGAUUUACAAACAGAAAUAGAUGAGCAUAAGAAUAUAGCAGAUUAAUUGAGGAGAGAAAGAAAGUUAUAUUCAGCAGAAUCAGGUGGAUAAGUUGAUUUUGGAAAGACUGAAGAGUUUGAAAUGCAUAUCGAUAAGCUAAAUUAAAGGAUUGAUAAACUAAAAUAAGAAAAUUAAGAGCUAUAAGACACCUUGCAUAAAACAAAAUUAGAUUUAAAUGAUAAAGUAUUAGAAAUUUAGUUACUGAAAAAAGAAAUAGAAGAUUUAAGGGUUAUUGAGUAAUCAGGAGCAGGAGGAGAAAUGGCUCAACAACUACCUGAUGCAAUAGGUGCUUUAAAAGAUUUAAAAUAGUAAAUAACUUAAAUGGAUGAUUUUUUUUCAUCAAGAAGCACAUUGAACUCUAGUGUAGGAAGUGUAGAAUAGCAUUAAUAAGAAUUCGAGUUAUAUAGGUAAGAGAAAAUCAAAUUAAGACUAGACUUUAAACAAAAAUUAGAGUCUUACAAACAAUUAGUAGAAUCAGAGAAAGAAGGUUUAAAGAAAAACAUUGAUGUUUUGAAUAGUUAUAUAAACGAGCUAAGAGCUAAAAACAUGCAGUUUAUUACUUAAAAUGAAGAGUGGAAAAAGAAAGCAACAGUUUACAAUGAUUUGAGCGAUGAAUUUAAUAAAUUGAAAGAGGCUUUCGCAGCAAAACAAUCAAAUAUAGAUUCCCUAUCGUAGUUAAAUUAACAGCUUUAAGGAGAAAUAUAAAAGUUAUAAGAGAGGUAAUUUUCGAUUGAAGAAUAGCUGGCAGAAAUAAAAAUAGAAAACGUAGAAAUGAAAUCUUUUAAAGAAGACAUAUUUGAUGUGAUGAGAGAAUCACUAAGAUUAGUUUAAAAUAAAAACAAUUCUUUAUAAAAUGCAUUAAAAAGAUUAAACGAAAAAGAUAUCAAACAAUUAAAAUCUUGCUUUUCUUCUGUAGGAAUAGAGAUAAAAUGA